UUACACAUUUUCAUUUCCAAAGAAAAAAUGUUGAUGAAAUGUUGUCGCUACAUGUGGAUUGCCCGGUCAUGCCUGCCCCUUGUCAUUCCCCACAUUGAUCUGAUCCAGGUUGCACCCCUACAAGGACAUUGUCUCGCCCAGUACAGAUUUAUUCACAGUCAUUCGAUUCCCUGCUUCCCUUCUCAAUUGACCAUUUCCUUGAAAUUCGUUGUAGGCCAGUUCAAUUGCGAUUAUUCCUCCAGCGAAAUCUUUUUAGCACGAGUUUAAAGUAUAUAUGUUGAGAUUGUGUGAGUUGGAAAUUGUUCCCUAUGUUGCUCACUGAAAGGACUCGUUAGUACAUCUGCAGUCACAGAGGAGCACAUCUCUCAAGAUGGAUACGAACAAUACAGUACCUGUUUACGAGAUUUUUUUUACACAUUGUUAAUUUCAUGAUGCUAAAGAAAUCGCAAGCCAAUCCAAAAGUGAGCCUGGGCAAUUAGAAAGGUAAACAGGCAGGAUAAGUUUUAAUGCCGGGACUGGGGAUCCUCCCCUUUCGUAUUUCCAUUGGUCACCGAGCUCUCUGACGACAUAUAUUAACCCAGGCGGCCCUAAAGAUGUAGCUGUACAUGGAGAUCGGAGAAUCUUGCAGUUCCUCAGCUUCGUCCUAACUGGAUCCUGAAGAUAUUGGAGCACGGUUAAUGAUCUUUUUGAUGGGGAUUUUUUUCCUCUCUCUGUCUCGUCUGUGUUUCUGCUUAUGUGUGUGAGAGAGACAGAGACCGAGGCUGAACCUUGUUUCUUCCCAAAUCCAUCUGAAGAGGAACCUCUACUUUUUGUUGCUCGUCUUGUUUUUGUGCGCUGUGUAUAUCUUGAUGCUUCUUGGUACUGGAGCCAUCACUAUUUUUGUUUUGGUCAAAAGAAGACUUUAUUCUUCCCCCUCCAAAGUGACAGUUAUUCAAUGCCAAGCAAACCAGCCGCAGAAUAGCUGCACAAUGGAGGAAGUUGACUGUAAGUAAAGCACCGCGAUAUUUAAAAGCCUAAAACAUCCUUCACUUGCAACUUGUUUGUUUGGGCAUUAUCGAGGCAAAAGGAGAACAAAACAGAACCAAAAAAAGGUGAAAUAUCUAAACAGAUACUUGCAAAAUAUUUUACACACUUUUGUGUGUGUGUGUAUGUGUGUGUUUCUGUGUGCGUGUCUUUCUCAAUUUUUUUUCCUACAAAUUGUGGAGAGGGAGAGAGAAGGAGAAAAGGACUGGGGAAGUCGCCUGAGACACGGAAGAUGAGUUUAGUUGGAGGAUUCCCUCAUCAUCCAGUGGUACACGAUGGCUAUCCUUUCGCCGCUGCAGCCGCCGCUGCAGCCGCGACCCGCUGUCACGAAGAGAGCCCGUACUUCCACGGCUGGCUCAUCAGCCACGCCGAGAUGUCUCCCCCCGACUACACAAUGGCGCCGUCCUACAGCCCCGAGUAUGCCAACGGCGGCGCGGGGCUCGACCACUCGUCGUACGGGGGGGUCUCGGCGGCGGCUGCGGCGGCGGUGGUGGGAGGCCGGCCGACGAAGCGCAGGGGAACGGCGAACCGCAAGGAGAGGCGCAGGACUCAGAGCAUCAACAGCGCCUUCGCCGAGCUCCGUGAGUGUAUUCCCAAUGUGCCGGCCGACACCAAGCUCUCCAAGAUCAAGACCCUGCGCUUGGCCACGAGCUACAUUGCCUACCUCAUGGACCUCUUGGCUAAAGAUGACCAGAAUGGGGAGACAGAGGCCUUCAAAGCGGAAAUCAAGAAGGUGGAUGUAAAGGAGGAGAAAAGGAAACGGGAACUGAAUGAGGUUCUGAAGAAUACAGUAAGCAGCAAUGACAAAAAGACGAAAGGAAGAACCGGCUGGCCACAACACGUCUGGGCUCUGGAGCUCAAACAGUGAAAGUUUGAACAUGAACUUUCGAAGAUGGGGGUAGACGAGACUUUUCAAAGUUGUUUCUUCCCCUGCUAGCCCACCCCAAAAGAAAAAGAAAACAAGCCCCUUCGCCCAAACUUUCGCAAGUCGACAGGAGCUCUCUAUUGUUCCGAAUCUACUCUUUAUUUAUGUGCAAUUUAUCCCAACCCAGAGAGAGCGGGAGAGAACGGAUCGGUGGAUGAGGGGAAAAAAAUUCACAUUCGGAACAGAAAAGCUGAGUGGGUAAGGGGUUGUAUUGUUUCAUAGUAGAUGUGAAUGGUUUGCUUUUUUUGUGUUGAAAAAUAUAGCACGCACAGACACACAAUCUUGAUAAGAAUUAUGUAUGUGAAGUGUAUCGUUGGGAGUGCCUUGUACAUCUUUGUUGGAUAUAAAUAUUCAAGGUCUUUUACCCCCACCCCUAACGUAAUUGGAACGAAGAGUAGGAGUGCCAAAAUGCAGUUUGCUCAUAUUAGAGUACAGUAUAUAGUAUUGUGUUGUGGUCAGACAGUAUUUCAUUCCAUAAUUUCCCAGUAAUUGUUUGACUUGUGCACUUCCGUUCAACAAGUGGAGAUUAAUAUUCGAGAUGUAAACGUUGUAAUUAUUGUCAAUAAAAAAACGCCUUUUUUAACAAAAGUA